CAAUAAAAAAUAAUUACAACAAUUAGGUAACUUGUUUAGUCUUUUUCUUUUGUUUAUCAACAAUUAUGGACAAAUUAAGACUAAUUGUAAACAUGAUUGUAAAUCAAAUCAAUCAUAUUUACAUUGACGUAGAUUUAGUUCAAGUGAGAGAUGGACUUUGAUCCACUUUAUCCAGUAAUUGUUGAUUAUUAUGUUUCUCUUGAAAUUUGGCAAUUAUUUGAAAUCUUCAUAUGGCAAUUGAUAUUAUCCAAAAUCGGUAAGAAUCGGACUUUCAUGCUCAUGGCAAGACGUUAUGAGAGAGAUCCACAAAUUGGUCGAGCGUUCAAUCUAAUGAUGACAAUCAUUAUAAUCACUUAUUUAAUCCUGGUUGCCGAUGAUUGGUACAAGAUAAUUAGACGUGGAGGUGACAAUUAUCCAAAUUUCCUCGCUAUAUGGAGACAAUUGUUGAUCCCUUUUCCUGAGUCUUUCCGUCAACGUCAAGUGCCACUUUUUAACUUCGGUAAUCCGGAUGAUCCAAAUGACCACGAUACAGAUGAGGAUGACGACGAUAACAAUGAUGAUGAUGCCAAUGAGAACAUGAUGGUUGAUGAAUAA